UUUUGUAAUUUUGAAAUUUUCUACAAUAGUACAAUUCAUCAAAUUUCUUAAAUUGUUGUCACAAACAAAUGGGGCAUACUAUACAGCUCUUAAUGUACUUAAAGUUAUAGAAAAGACACCACGUACAAACUUUUGAUAUAACCCACAAAUUUCCCUGCAACAAAAACUAUCACAUAGAAAAGUCUAAACCCAAAGUCGACGUCAUGGAAAUCGAACUUGUGUUCAUACCUUCGCCUGGCAUCGGACAUAUCCGAUCAACAACGGCGAUAGCAAACCUUCUUGUAGAAAACGACGACCGCCUCUCCGUCACCCUCAUCGUCAUCCCUUCACAAUUCUCCGGCGACGCUUCUUCCUCUUACCCAAAAUCCGAAGGCCGUCUCCGCUACUGCCUCCUCCCUGCCGGAGAUCAAUCAACCGAACAAAACCAUGUUUCUUACAUCGAAAGCCAAAAGCCACACGUGAGAGCCGCCGUGUCCGAACUCUCUCGCGAGGCUUGGACACAUACCAACUCGCCACGUCUCGCUGGGAUCGUCGUGGACAUGUUCUGCACGUCAAUGAUAGAGAUCGCCGACGAGUUUAACCUCCCGGCUUAUACCUUCUACACAUCGAACGCUACUUAUCUCGGGUUGCAGUUUCACGUACAGUCUCUCCACGACGAGAAGAAACUCAACGUAAGCGAGUUAAAGGACUCCGAUGCCGAACUUGACGUCCCCACUCUUACUCGGCCUUUUCCGGCGAGCUGCUUACCUUCCGUGAUGCUGAGCAAAGAUUGGCUUCCUUACGUUGUAGCUCGAGCUAGGAGUUUAAGAGGAACAAAGGGUAUUUUGGUAAAUUCGGUGGCGGAGAUGGAACCUAAGGCGUUGAAGUUUUUCUCCGGCGAGAAUAGCACUCCUCCGGUGUACGCGGUGGGACCGAUUCUUGACCUCAAAACUUGUGGAAACGAUUCUAACGAUGAGAAACGAGCCGAGAUCUUGCGCUGGCUAGACCAGCAACCACCAAGAUCCGUGGUGUUUCUCUGCUUCGGGAGCAUGGGAGGGUUCAAUGAGAAACAAACGAGAGAAAUUGCCGUGGCGCUAGAGCGGAGUGGCCACCGGUUUCUCUGGUCGCUCCGUCGCGCUUCUCCGAUGGAAAACAUGAAGAUAUCUCCUCCAGAGGAUUUCUUGAACUUGGAGGAGAUUCUUCCAAAAGGGUUUCUUGAUCGGACGGCUGAGAUCGGAAAGAUCAUUAGCUGGGCUCCACAGGUCGCUGUGUUGGAGAGUCCUGCGGUUGGAGGGUUCGUGACGCACUGUGGAUGGAACUCGAUCCUCGAGAGCCUAUGGUUCGGUGUUCCAACGGCUGCGUGGCCGAUUUACGCGGAGCAGCAGUUUAACGCGUUUCAAAUGGUGGAGGAGCUUGGUUUGGCGGCGGAGAUACGUAAGGAUUACCGGAGAGAUUUUUUGGCGGGGGAGUCGGAGAUUGUGACGGCUAAGGAGAUAGAGAGUGGGAUCAACUGCGUGAUGGAGCAGGAUAGUGAUUUGCGGAAGAGGGUGAAGGAGAUGAGUGAUAAACUCCACGUGGCCUUGAUGGACGGUGGAUCUUCGAAGGCUGCUAUGCAGAAGUUUGUCCAAGACGUGGUCGAAAAUGUUCCAUAGGAAUUUGUCCAUAUAUUGCAUAAUAAGUUAUAAUAUGAUUAAUAAGUUAAGAAGAGAAUUCAGUAGUGUCUAUCUAAAUUUGUUGCAUAAUAAGUUAUAAUAUGAUGAAAAAGUUAAGAAGAGA